UUUAUUUUUGUUUAGAAUACAUAUUUGAUAUCAAUUUAAAAGUUGAAUUUUUAUUAAAUAUUUUUUUUGCUUCUCGAAUGGAGAAAAAAUUGUAAAAGAAAUUAAAUAUGUUUUAUAUGAAACUGAUAAAAAUAUUAUUGUUUCUUUUUCAUUUUUUAUUGUGUAUUUCGUGGUUAAUUGCUGAUGAUCAAUUAGUUAAAAUAUCUGAGGGAUUUUUAAAAGGAAGUGUUCAAAUUACAAGAAGGGGAAGAAAAAUUUCUAAUUUUUUAGGAAUUCCUUAUGCACAACCUCCCAUUGGAGAAUUGAGAUUUCGAAAUCCUUUACCAGCUAAACCGUGGGAAGGGAUUCGAAAUGCCACCACAGAUGGAAGUCAAUGUCCACAAUUUACGGAUUAUUCAAAAAAAUAUGUUGGCAAAGAAGAUUGUUUAUUUUUAAAUGUUUAUACACCUUUACUAGAAUUUAAUUCAAUGGUGAAUUAUUCAAAUAAUGGAAAAUUACUUCCCGUCAUGGCAUGGAUUCAUGGUGGUGAUUUUAUAAACGGAAAUUGUAGUACCAUAACAUUUAGUGGUAAUUAUUUAUUAGACAAGGAUAUUGUUUAUGUUUGUAUGAAUUAUCGAUUGGGAAUAUUGGGUUUUUUAAAAUCUGACGAUUCAGCAUCAUCGGGAAAUUAUGGUUUAAAAGAUCAACAACUUGCAUUAAAAUGGAUACAAAAAAAUAUUCAUAAUUUUGGUGGUGAUUCUAAAAGAGUGACAAUUUUUGGCGAAAGUGCUGGUGCUGUUAGUGUUCAUCUUCAUGCAUUAUCAGAAACAUCAAAUGGACUUUUUCAUCAGUACAUUAUGCAAAGUGGAAAUGCUCUACUACCAUGGGGAUUUCAAGCGAGAAAUUUAAAAAAAACAUGUAUUAAAACAUUGGGUAUGACAAUGUUUUGUCCAACAACAUCCACCAUUGAAAUAGUGAAAUGUUUAAGAUUUAAAGAAAUUGACAAUUUAUUAUACGAUAGUCAUAAUUAUGAAAAUUUUGCUAGAUAUGCUUUAAUAACAUGGACACCAACAGAAGAAACAAAAAUAGAAGGAGCAUUUCUUACAGAUACUCCUCGAAAUUUAAUUGAAAAUGGAAAAAUUAAAGAUUAUCCCUUCAUUUCCGGAACAGUGAAAGAUGAAGGUCUAAUUGCUUCUCAAUUUCUUUACUCAAAAAUGUAUUGGUAUUUUUAUAUCAGAAUAAUAAUAAAUGAAUUUUUCGAAUUUUUAUCAAAAUAUUAUUUUGGAUGUAAAAAUGUUCAAAGAUGUAAAAUUCUUAUAAAAAAUUUUUAUUUUAAUGGCACAUUUUUGUGUUCCAAGCAAGAUUUUAUUUCAGGAAUCACUAAAUUUAUAAGCGAUGCAUUUUUCUUCUAUCCACAAUCGAAUUUACUCGAAAUUCUAGAGAAUAAUAUUAAAAGUCCAUUUUAUAUUUAUUCUUUUGAAUAUCGAGGAACAUUUAGUUUCACUUCAAAUGUAUUAAAGAACAAUUUAAAUAUUGGCGUUUGUCACACAGAUGAGCUAACUUAUUUAUUUCCUGCAACACCAUCAAGUUUUUAUUUACCAAAUUUAAAUUAUAGUAAAAAUGAUGAAACAAUGAUUGAUACAAUGGUGGAUCUAUGGACUAGUUUCGCUAUAAAUGGAAAACCAAAAUCGAAGAAUUUAAAACCAUCCAAUUUAUGGGUAUCGUACGUGAAAAAUAAAAGUUAUUUGCAAAUUGGCAAAGCCACUGAACCGUCUGUGACACUUAAAAGAAAUUUUUUAAAAGAGCGUAUGGAUUUUUGGAAAAAUAAUCUAUCACCAAUGAAAAAACAAGAUUGCUUUUAGGUUGAUAAAAUAAUUAAUAAAUAAUAACAAAUAAUUAUAAUAAUAAAUGAAUUAUAAUUAAUUAAUUAUUUAUGAAUUUUAUAAAUAUUUAUUAG